GUAAUGAGCUCCUUGCCUUGGCUAGCUCCAACCUUGGCCAGCUCCAACCUUGGCCAGCUUUUGAUUCGCACUUGAUUUAGGUAUUUACAUUUGCUGAGUGUAGAAGCUACGUGACAUGCAUUUACAAAACUGUAAUUCGAAAAGCCAUAAAAGAACCACAAACCCAAUGCAGACUUCAAGUUGAACCAAACCAUUAUGCUGCUACUAUUGCUGUCUCCUCUCCUAGUUGGCGGAUGCCUCGGCCAAGUGCUCUUCCCACCACAGUACACAACGCAGCGCAUUGUGGGUGGCGAGGAUGCACCCGAGGGCAUAGCACCCUAUCAAAUCUCGCUACAGGGUGCGAAAAGUGGACAACAUUCCUGCGGCGGUGCGAUCAUUGAUGAGCGUUGGAUAAUCACUGCUGCCCACUGCAUACACAAAAAGACACCGGAGGCAUUCCGUGUGCUCACCGGCACACAGGAUUUGCAGCAGAACGUGUCCAAGUAUUAUUAUCCGGACAGGAUAGUCGAGCACUGUAACUAUGAGCCCCGCAAGUAUCGCAACGAUAUUGCGCUCCUUCAUCUGAACGAAUCGAUUGUUUUCGACAAUGGCACGCAGCGCGUGGAAUUGGAUCAUGAGCCACUCGCUCCGGGCGAUUGGCUGCUGCUCACCGGCUGGGGCACUCUAUCACUGGGCGGCGAGGUGCCCGCCAAGCUGCAGCGCCUAGAAGUGGAAUAUGUGCCGCACCAGGAGUGCCGCGAGGCGCAUGGAAACAGCAGCCACGUGGACAUCGGACAUGUGUGCACCUACAACGAUAAGGGGAGGGGUGCUUGCCACGGUGACUCUGGCGGCCCGCUGGUGCACAACGGUAAGCUCGUUGCCCUGGUCAAUUGGGGCAUGCCCUGCGCCAAGGGGAAGCCUGAUGCCCAUGCGGGCAUUGCCUACUAUCAUGACUUCAUCCGCACACAUCUUACACUGCACGAAUCGGAAGCAGAAGAAGAAGCUGGAGCAGAGGCUACAACUCAGGAGCGGAGAGCGUCGAAAAGUAAAUCUCAUUGUCAUUGAUCCGACUGUUGGGGUAAAGUUUCUUACACAUCGAAUAACUGAA